AUGGAAAACAACCAGGCAGUUAUUUUAAUUUCCUUCAAUGGUACAACAGCUUAUCAAUCAUACGAUAAUCAGCGUGUACCUCUAAGCACAGGCGUACUAGACCUCUCUUUGGUUUCAGUCAACUCCACGAUAAAUUACGACAAUCCAACGGAAAUAUUCGAUACAAACAAAACUAGCGGCGCUGACUACUGGUUGGUACUCUCUAUCAGAUCAGAGAAAGCGCAGCCAUUUGAAAUGGCCUUGCCUGCAGCUAUACCAAUUGAAAGAAUAUCAGACAGAGGAUACAGCAUACCCUCACCAACACUCCCAGAUGCUUUCAUUGAGUUGGAGUUACCAGAGAAAUACUCACAUGACGAUAAAGAAUCCUUCGACGUCAUCCUCGGUUCAUAUGCUUCUCUUCCCGUCACAGAAGAGCAAAAUGAUCUCCGUGGUAAACUCUGUUUGGUUGAUACACAAGAUGGUCACGUGUUAGGUUCACUAGACGCAGCAGGUACUGCCGUCGAGGAUAGCUCUCUCACUGAGAAAGGCAACGAGAAGCAACCAGUUGUUGUUGAUUUACCAGAACAACCACAAGAUCAUCUCAAGGUUACAGCCGCAAAAGACCCUUCACUCAUGAUCAGGAGUAGCAACUACGUCAGUCAGGCUAUCAUCGGUGGUGGUAACCUCCUCGGAAAGGGUUUGGCUGCCGGUUCUUCAACUUUCGUAGCACGUACUAAGGCGGGCGAUAAACCACUCGUCUUCUCUGAAAACCAAAGGAAGAAUGCUGCAAGGGUACACAAUGUCACAGGUCAAGUCGCCAACGUCUCAGCUAAAACUGCAGGAAUGAUUGCAGAUUCUGCAAGAGGUGUCGGUGCCUAUAUCACAGGAAAAGGCAAGAAAGAUGAUGAAAGGAAUGCAGACAAGAAACCAGGCUUCCUCAAUCGCGCUUUCAUGGCUGCCGACAAUGUCUUUACAUCCGUCGAGCAAGCUGGAAAAACACUAAUUAAUGACACUUCAAUGGCUACUUCUGUCAUGGUUGCUCACAAAUAUGGCCAAGAUGCAGGUCAAGCUGUUAGAGGAGUCGGUGAUUCGGUACACAACGCAGCACUAGUCUAUAUUGAUGUCAGAGGUAUUUCCAGAAGAGCACUCAUCAAAUCUGCCGGUAAAGGUGCCCUCUUUGGCAACAAGCAAAGUGGCUCCAGUAGCCCUUCGCUUAACGCUUCACCAACACCACCACCUGCUUUACCUCCAAAGAAGUAAAGGGUGCAUGAAUAGAGUAACGACUUAGAAUGGAAUUUGUAACGAGAAAUUUAAAUGAAAAUGAUAAAUGAUGUACAUACUUCUAAC